AUGGGGGCCCCUUUGGCGGCACUGCAGACCGCUCUCUCAACGACCUCGACGGAUGGGGGUGACGCCCCUGGCGCAGCGCCGCCGUUGUCUGCGCUCCCCACCGUCCGUCUAUUGAACCUAUCUUACAACUCCCUCCACCUCUUCACUGGUGGCGAGACCUUGAAAGGACUCACAGUCUUGGAUCUGUCGCACAACACGCUGACGCAGGUGCACAGUCAGAGUAUGCCACCCACGCUGGUGCGGCUCAGCAUCGCGCACAAUAAACUGGCACACCUGUGCGACUUGGCCGAGUACACGCCGCGGCUGCAAGUACUGGAGGCCGGGCACAACCAGCUGAGCACCGCUGCUCUGCGUGGCCUACCCACAUCGCUGACGCAUCUCAGCGUGGAGAACAACACAAUCGAGUCGUUGACGCCGCUCGGCGCGUUGUUGCAUCUUACACACCUGAACGUGGCACAGAAUCAGCUGGAGAGCCGAGACACUCUCUGCGCCUUGCGGCCGCUUGUGUCGCUGCGCCACCUCGACGUCCGCGGGAACCCCAUGUGCGAGACAGGCAGGCGUAGCAGCGAGGGCGAGAAUGAGGGUGUCACACAGCUGCUACACGACGUACUGCCGCGUCUGUCGCGCUUCAAUGGAGUUCCUCUCUCACAGGUACCAGAGAACCGCAUGUGGAAGAAGGCGCACCGGCGGCAGCAGCAGCAACAAAAUACAAAAUUCAGCGCAGCGAAGUCUCGCGGCAUGUCGCACGAUGCGCGCGGUGGCAGUGGCAGCAGCAGCAGCAGCUCUCUCUUGUCGUCUUCUCAAAGACAGCAACAGAGGUUGCAGGAGCCGGCUUUGGAAGUCCGCCUCAUGCAGGCGAAAGUGAAUGAACUACGACGCCUGCUCCUAGCCUCUCAGGAUGCGGAGGGGAAGGCUCGUCAAAAGCGCGCACUGCUCAUAGAAAACGUGAAGAGUACAGCGAAGGUGAUUGGCCAGCAGGAGACAGAGCUGGAGAGGCUUCAAGGUGAGGUAGAUAGCUUGCGGAGCGUGAAUCAGAAGCUGCAGUCAUCGGUGGCGGCUGCGGAGCAGUCGUUCGAGCAUGUGCAUGCGUCUCUUCUCGCGAGCAAGGCAAAUCUUUCUGCCGCUGGUGUGAAGUAG